AGAGGUAGACGUGAAGCUUUUGUCCUUGAAACUUGACAAAAUGUUGUGGAAAUGAAUUCCCAUUGAGAAUCACCUGCUUUUACCAAGCUCUAGUCCUUUGCUCUUCAUCAUGACUAUAUUCCAAAGAAGAGUGUCUGUGUAAGUUCAUAGCCUCCAAAAGCUGAAAGCACGGCUGAAUCUGAGUAUUCUGUUCUUCCGUUUUCAAGGACAGAAUUCAGUCACCUGAGAAAGCUAAAUAAUCCUUAAAAGGCAGCGUAAAAGCAUGGUGGCCAAAACAAAGCAAGUAGAGGUGAUGGUAGAGAAAAUGGGAUAUAUGUUGAUAUAUGAGUGCAGUGGUUAGGAAUACUGGAGAGCAAUGAUAGGUUCUCAGUUUCUGAUAUUUGCCAACAAGGCAUUAUGGACUCCCUGGCUCAUCUUCUGCAAGGGCCUCCUCCACACAGAGGCCCUUCACAGGGAAGGCUUCUGCUGCCGUGUCAAAUUUCAACAUUCUAAGAAAGAGGCAGCCUGGGGUCUAUAUUUAGAGUAUGACUCCCAGCAGUGAGCAGGUGGUGCCUGGGGACUUACUCCUGCCUAUUUUGUUCCUGAGUUCUGAGGGGUUUGUAAAGGGGGUACAAUGAAGUUAUGAAAAGGGUCUUUUUCUCUUAGGGACUGACUACUUGGAAUCCUAUAUUUUGUUCUUCCAGCUAUGAGAGGGAAAAGGAACUGUUGUCACCAGUGUUCUUAGAAUCUAGUCAUCCAAAGUCCCUCAUUCCCACUGUCAGUAGAAAAUGCUGAAGACUCAGCCUUCGUGUGGUGACACAGUACAUAAAUGGCAGAACUGAGGAGACUUCACUAGUCUUAUGGUGCUACGGAACUUCCACCUAUCAGCUGUACUCUCAUCAGUGGGAUGACAGAGAGUUCUCUAAUUAUUAGGGUUCAGGAUGGCUUAUCGGCUGCCUCAUAGAAUUCCAGAAUGGAAUUUAAAUCCCUUUGAAUGAAAAGCAGGCAAUCUGUGACGUUCCUAAUUUGUAAAAUCUAAAACUUAAGUUGAUGGCUCCAUAAAAUCUAUCUUUGAGGUACAUCUGAAAGUCAUUAUUGAACCUUGUACCAGAACCUGUGAAUUCACUCUGGCUAAAGAAAAGGGCAAAGAGAUAUCAAGUGUUCUGAAAUUGAUCUGUAAAUUUUAUCCCCAACAAAAUCCAGUUAACACACACACACACACACACACACACACACACACACACACACACACAAACACACACAAAGAAAGGGGCAAAUAAAUGGCUUGCUUAUUUAAAAUGAUCAAAAAUGUUCAAUACUGACCCCAUUACAGAUCUAUUUAUGUUUCAUCAAUCAUAUUGAAAGGAUGCUGGUUUUGUUUGUGAGGAUAUGUUUCAAAACUGUAAGAUGUUAUUUUAAAGUUGUUAUUUAGAAGAAAAUAUUUUCAGCAUUGGACAAAUUAACUUUGCCAAAUCAAUGGAGUCUUCCUAGUAACUGGAAAAAUCUUAAUUAUAUUCUUAAACAUAAUUUUUAAAAUAUUGGAAUUUGUUUAUAUAUUCAAGUGGAAAUACCUUUAUUUUGAUUUAUGGUUAUAAAAUAAUAGUCUAUCACAUAGAAAAGAUGAAAUAAAAUAUAAUGGAUUAAGAGUGUUAAUACAAAUUUCUCUUCUCUCUGUGUUUCCUUUUCUGACCCCAAUUUUGCUGCAGAGACUGAAAAUAGAGAGGGAUGGACAUUAAAGAAAGGGAUGCAGGAGUUUGAACACCAACGAAUAGAUAAGACAUUUCCCCCGAGAAGAAAGAGUAAAAGCACAAUAAUUUGGGAAAGCCAAACUCGAACAUUAUAGAGAAACCGUAACUUCUGGUUUCUGGUAUUGUUACAGAGAAAAAGACUAACAGGGCCCCAAGUACUGGGGGAGGUACGGAGUGGCUCUUGCCGCACUGCUUGUGGGAGUGGAAAUUGGGGGCUAGAGCUCACUGGUGACGUGGCUGUCACGUGACCAAGAGCCGCCUAGAGCCGAAGUCCUGUUAGUCGCCUCUGACUGGGUACCAACCCCCUAUUACUCUGCAGGCGCGUGAAGGAGAAGGAAACUCGCUGGGACCGUGCAGUAAGGAAGAAGUGGCAGGCUUCAGGAUGCGGUGAGGUCUGCGCUGGAGCCUAGGCUAGAGAAGAAGCAAACCGCCUUGGUUGGAACCUUGCUGCAGGUUUGAAGGCUCAGCCCACCUAUCUCCGUGGAGGGAAUACAGCAGAAGACACGAGAAGAAAAAAGGAACCCACUUGGUUUUUGUAGAGAUUCACCACAAGAAUCACAGAAGCCUAGGAGAGGCUGAAGAUUCCGAGUGUGCACCAUUAUUCACACAUCCCUUGAAAGUUCUCUUCAAUCAGGUGAAGAAAGACCCUCUUCUUUCUGGCCAGAAGGCUCAUACAGCUACAAGCAUGGGUCGGGCCCGGGAAAUGGGGUGGAUGGCAGCUGGACUAAUGAUUGGGGCUGGCGCCUGUUACUGCAUGUACAAACUGACCAUGGGAAGAGAUGAGGGGAACGAGUUGGAGAAUGAGGAGGAAGAUGAAUGGGACGAUGAGCAGGAUCUGGAUGAAGAGGAGGCAGACAUAUGGUUUGAUUUCACAGCAAUGGCUCGACCCUGGAGUGAGGAUGGGGAAUGGGAUGAGCCCGGGGCCCCAGGUGGGACAGAGGACAGACGGUCAGGUGGUGGAAAGGCAAACAGAGCCCACCCAACCAAGCAGCGGCCAUUCCCUUAUGAACAUAAAAACAUAUGGGGUGUACAAAGCUUUCAGACCUUCCCUUGUGCUCUUAACCUGACCAAGUGUGCUUUCAGUCAAGGAAAGAAAAUGUUCACGGAGUCCACAAUUGCUGGCUUUUCCCUUACCCACAAUGUCAGUAGGCAUUUGUCCAGCCUGUCAGUGGUUGGAAGCAGGAGUCCCACCCCCCAGCCCACUGUGAGGGAGAAGGCUCUGGAUGUCCCUGAACACCCAAACAGCAGCAUUGAAAAUCAGGACCAGAUUAAGAUGUACAUCGAUGAAGUGUGUAGAGACGCGGUGUUCUGUUGCUGCAAGUCUUUUCUGCAGCAGGCAGGAUUAGGUCUGCUAAUAAGCAUGACAGUCAUUAAUAACAUGCUUGCCAAGUCCCUUUCAGACCCGAAGUUCCCUUUGCUAUCCGAGGGGAGUGGAUGUGCAAAGGUUCAGGGUCUGGAAGCACAGAUGAGUUUGCCUGAAAAGCCAGUGCUGGCGGAGGAAGUACUGGCUGCCCAAAUGCUCUUCUCAUUCAUGUGCCUCUUUACCAGAAGUGGGAGCAGAGAGAUGCUUGUGGAAGCCAUCUCCCCUUAAGUGGCUGUCUCUGGAAGAAUGAGACUGAAGUCACCCAGAGCCCGAGCACUUUACUGAGGGCAAAGAGGCUGCAGUGGGUGCUCCCAAGGAUGCGGUCUUAGCCAGUCAGCUCCUCCUUGGGUGAGAGUCCCUUCCAGCCUCUAAAUAGAGGGCUACACUCUCACUGGCCAGGCAGGGCUCCCCCAGAGCUGUGGGCACCUUCUGGGUUUUGUAGUCUGCGAGUAAAGUGCACUGUAAAUUGCUUCCUUGCAGUCUUCUCCAUGCAGUAAAGGGUAGGGGAUCCCCGUGGCCCCUAGCUGUGGAGAACUAGCCUCAAAUCACAGCGUCUAGAUAAAGGGUAAGGGGAUCCCUGCAGUCACCGGCUGGCUGUGGAUAACUUACAUGGAAUCACAGCAUCAGAGUGAGUGUUGUUGCCCAUGGUGAUCUCCCUGUGUAAGCUGGACCACUUAACAGAAAUCGCACCCAUAUGGGAGCUUGAGCCCAACUCCCUUCUGCAGCUGCUUAGGUUGAAGUCUUUCCUCCUUCCUCCUUCCUCCUGCCUACACUGGCUGGUGGAUGGCUAGCAUGUUUACCAAGAAAUGCACUCCCUUCCUGUCCAUUGUAGUGCCUGACCCUCUUACUCCCCGGUCCUGACACCCUCAGUGCGUAUCCUCAAUAAACUGUGUGCUUUGAUUGGCAAGAAAAUUAAAAA